AUGGCGGCAGCGGCAAGUUGGAGAAGUAAACUGAAUUCGCAUCCACUGGUACAGCAGUUGAAGAGGAAAACUACUAAAAGCUCAUUGAAUAAGCAGAACACGGAUGCGAAAAGUCUCAUUUGCGUUUAUGGCAGUGAUCUUUACGUCUGGGAUGUGUCUGAAGGGCAGGUUCUUCAUUGUAACCUGAAGACGCUGGUUGAGCAUGAUGGGGAUAAGGAGAAACUUAUCAUCAGCGAUGGAUUCACCUACGACGUGGAAGGCAUUAGCAUUAAUCGGUGUGGAAGCCACCUGGUUGUGUGGGGCAGUCAUGGAGUAAGGGUUGUGGAGUUGCCGAGACGCUGGGGGAAGAAUGCAAUGUUCGAGGGUGGGAAAGAGGCUGUGACAUGCAGGACUGUAUGUAUUGAGGAGAGAACUCUAUCCAGCACACAUUCUCUUCGGGUGAAGCAGGUGACCUGGCACCCUGGCAGUAAGACAGAUUCCCACUUGGCACUUCUGACCUCUGACAAUAUGCUCAGUGUGUACGACAUCCAGCAGCCAGAUCAUCCCAUCAGCACCAUCAAUGUCAAUACUGGAGAUGUUUCCGUGACUCACUCGCCAUCAAGAUCUCUUGUUGGUGCUGCCCUCGGCGAUAUUGCUGUUGCCUUUGAUUUUGGGCCUCCUAUCAUCUUGCAGCCAAAGCCCAGAGUCCUGCAGAUGUCUGCCAAAAUUGAUCCUAUUGAAGUCUGGCCAGUUUAUUGCCUGAGAGGAAGUGGAGAAGUCAUGCUGCUGUACUCACAUCUUUCACAGUUCAGCCUAAUCAAGCUGCCAGUACAAGGACCCUUGAUGAUGUAUCCUCCAGCCGAAGACAACUAUGGGGUGGACGCCUGCUCCAUCCUCUGUCUGCCCACUCCGUUCCCUGUGGUGAUCAUCAGCACCUGUGAAGGCAGAGUCCACCACUGUGUCCAGUUGCCUGGUACACUGGACAUUGAUACCACUCAGUCUGACAUAUCCAGCCCCAUACGCUCUGUAUCCAACACAAGUCUCCACGAGCUCCCAGCAGAGCCGGUGUUGUACGUCAUUGAAACUGCAGAACUGGAACUGUGUUUGAAGCUGCCACGAUUUGAUGGCGACGUUUCAUUCGAGGAUGAUUUUAUGUGUCCUGUUCUUUUAAAGAAAGACAACAGCUGUUUUGACCGAUAUCACUGUGCCCACGCAGCAGGCGUACAUUCAGUAGCCUUGCCCUGGCUAGGGACUGUGGAACACUACUUUACGGAUGAAUCUGGAGAUUUCAAUAUGCCGGAGGAAAAAGAAUGCGUUGUUGAACAUUUAAUAUGCACCAAACCCUUGGUCACAUGUCCUACGUCUCCAGUUCUGGGUGUGGAGGUUGUGUCAGACCCUGUGUUGGGGCCAACCCUUCUGAUACUCUCCAGUGAUUAUGAGUUUACUGCUCUUCCCAUUGGACUUCACUACCGCUUGAGCUCCUUGCACACAGCGGAGGAUGCAGGCGUUAAUGCUGGCCUCUUGUCACCUCUUAGAUACAACAGCAGGGAGCCGUUUAGCAAACAGAUGGAGCAGAUACUACAGAAACGGACCUCGAAUCCGCUGCUCAAAUCAGGCAACAUCUCAACGCUGUCACAACAAGACUGCUUCCAGCUGUUGAGCAGAGCUACUCAAGUGUUGAGAGAGGAGUACAUUCAGAGACAAGACCUGGCUCGCCAGGAGCUGGACACAAGAAUAAACAUCCUGAGAGAACACAAGGAACACCAGCUGCAAGACCUGAAACGGCUGAUAGACUCCAGACACAUACUGAGGGAACAUGCCCGCACCAUCGCUGAACGCCUGGAGACCUGUAAAGAUGACCACGAGAAUUUAUUGAAAAGGUUGGAAUCCGUGCUACGAAAAAUUCAAAGCAGAGUGCCAGUUCUGUCAGAAGCUGAGAGACACAUGGCCAAGGAACUCACCAAGAUCAAAGACAACAUACAGUUGUAUGUCAACAGCAUUGAGCAGGUUAGAGUUAAACAACAGUACCAGGAAAGACAAAUCACCAAGUCUUCUUCCACUGAGUCACCUGUUCUGCAAAAGAAGCAGCUAUCACAGAUUUAUGAUGUACUGAAGGAUGAGGGUGAGGACAUUGAUAAGCUGAAAUGUGAUCUUGGCAGACUCAACAUAGCCUUCAGCUGA